AUGACCGGCCCCGCCUCGGCCGAGCCCGCGCCCGCGCCCGCGAGCGCGGGCAGCGCCUUCACAGCCGCGCCUACACAGCAGCAGGAGCAGCAGCAGCAGCAGCCCCGCGAGCCGCCGAUCACGCUCGCGCGGGCGCCGCUGCGCACGCUCUACUACUUUGCGUGGAGCGUUGCAUCGGGCCUGCGCGACGCGGCGCACUUCGUGGCGACGCACCCGCUGACGCUGUUCAUGGCGCUGCCGCUGCUCGCGUAUUACGUGACCGCGAAGGCGCUGGGCUACGCGCCGGCGCACACAGCUCUCAUGGAGGAGCUCUUCCUGUAUGCGACCUGGUGGAUUGGGCUCGGCAUUUUGUCGUCAAUUGGCCUGGGCACGGGCAUGCACUCAGGCCUGCUGUUCCUCUUUCCCCACAUGCUUAAGCUGUCACAGCAGCAGCAGCAGCAGCAGCAGCAGCGCCAAGGACACGAGGCCUGCCUGUCCGCUGAGACCUGCGGGCACGUCAACUUUGACACACGCGGCGACGUAUGGUACAGCUCGGAGCCCUUCCACUGCGGCGGCCAGGCGGCGGACCCUGGGGGCGUCAGCUUCUGGCAGAUAUACAGCAAGGUGUGGCCGACGGCGGUGCUGUGGGGCGCGGGCACCGCCAUUGGCGAGGUGCCGCCCUACUUCCUGUCGUACCAGGCUGCGGUGGCGGGGACGCGCAAUGAGAUGCUGGCGGACGUUCAGGGGAACAUACAGGCUGGCAAGGGCGCCGGCCUCGUCGCGCGCAUCGUGGGCGCCAUGCAGCUCUGGAUGAUGCGUGUGAUCCAGCAGCACGGCUUCGUGGGCAUACUGCUGCUCGCGUCCUGGCCCAACGCGGCCUUUGACCUCUGCGGCAUCUGCUGCGGCGCCUUCAAGAUGCCCUUCUGGAGCUUCUUCGGCGCCACGCUCAUCGGCAAGGGGUUUGUCAAGGUCUCGGGGCAGGCGCUGUUCUUUGUGGCGCUGUUCAGACAGGCCAGCCGCGACGCGCUGCUGGCAGCCGUCACCUCCAUCCUCCCCCGCCGCCUGCCCGGCGCCAAGCCCGGCGCGCAGCCGCCCGCCGCGGCCCUCCGCAGCCUCGUGCAGAGCCAGAUCGCCCGCUUCCAGGCGCGCGUCGUGGCGAGCGCCGCAGAGCACCGCAGUGAAACGCGGUGGUUCUGGACGCGCGCGGGGGACUACCUCGGCACUCACUUCGGGAGCGGCCCCGCGGCGGCACGCGCAUGGGCGGCGGCGCAGGUGCCGGACACCGUGGGGGAGGUGUGGGGGUGGAUCAUUUUCGUGCUCAUCGGGGUGUUUGCGGUCAGCUGCAUCAACGCGCUGGCGCAGGGCCAGAAGGCGUGGGUGGAGGACGAGCGGCGGCGGCGGGAGCAGGGUCAGGUCAAGUCGGAGUGA